AUGACCAGUGCAUCAUCGACGCGGCUUUUGACCGCAUUGCUACUAGUUUCUCUCGCCAUCUUUGCACAAGUAUCCGAUGCUCUGUAUUUCUACCUCGAAGGAACAGAAAAGAAAUGCUUUCUCGAAGAAUUGCCAAAGGAAACCAUGGUCACUGGAACAUACAAAGCCGAACAGUUUUCUGCUGUUCAGAACCAAUGGAUUGUGAAUCCCGACGUGCGCAUCCAAAUCACUGUUGAGGAACUUCCCCAAGAACACGUUGUAGUGGAAAGACAAAAUGCAGCUUCGGAUCGCUUCACAUUUACUUCGGCUGAUUCGGGUGAUCACUCGAUUUGUUUGUCGGUCGUGAGCAGCUCGUGGUUCGAUUCAACCAAGACUCGUAUGACAUUUGAUAUGGACUUUGAUGAUCCCUCUAGCGACCACCAUGAUCACAAGGAAACAUUGGGUGCCAUGGCAAUGCGUAUUCACGAAUUGAAUCAACGCGUUCAAGAUAUCCGCAGAGAGCAAGCUUUCCAAAGAGAACGGGAAGCCGAAUACCGUGAUCAAUCCGAACUGACUAACUCGCGUGUAGUUUGGUGGACGAUCAUGCAAAUUGUAGUAUUAGGUGCUAUUUGUGUGUGGCAGAUGCGUCACUACAAGAGCUUCUUUGUAGCCAAGAAGCUCGUUUAA